CUCUCGUCCUCUAGCCAGUAUUUUCUUCAUUUAACUUCACAUUCAACCUCCAUGCCGCAGAACGAGUAUAUUGAGGAGUCGAUCAAGCGCCACGGACGGCGGCUUGACCACGCCGAGCGCAAGCGCAAGCGUGAGGCCCGCCAGGUCCACAAGGACGCGGCGUUUGCGCAAAAGGUGCACGGCCUGAAGGCCAAGCUGUACAACAAGAAGCGGCACUCGGAGAAGAUCCAGAUGAAGAAGACGCUAAAGAUGCACGACGAGAAGAACGCCAAACAAAAGACGGACGACGCUGUGCCCGAUGGCGCCGUGCCUGCAUACCUGCUCGAUCGCGAGGGCCAGCAGCGCGCCAAGGUGCUCAGCAAUAUGCUGAAGCAGAAGCGGAAGGAGAAGGCCGGCAAGUGGAAUGUGCCGCUGCCCAAGGUCCGCGGCAUUGCCGAGGACGAGAUGUUCAAGGUUGUCAAGACAGGAAAGUCGAAGAGCAAGUCGUGGAAGCGCAUGGUGACGAAGCCGACGUUUGUGGGAGACGGCUUCACGCGGAAGCCGCCAAAGUACGAGCGCUUUAUUCGCCCUAUGGCGCUGCGCUACAAGAAGGCCAAUGUCACACAUCCCGAGCUCAAGGCCACCUUCCAGCUGCCGAUCAUUGGCGUCAAGAAGAACCCGCAGAGCCCGAUGUACACGCAGCUGGGCGUGCUGACCAAGGGUACGAUUAUCGAGGUCAAUGUCGCCGAGCUGGGCUUGGUCACCACCGGCGGAAAGGUGCUGUGGGGCAAGUACGCUCAGAUCACAAACAACCCGGAGAACGACGGCUGCAUCAACGCUCUUCUCUUGGUCUAAGACCGACCUGUUUUCUAAAUAUACUGCCAUUCGUUGUCAAUCGUGAAGGCAUCAGCUGCGAGGUGGUGAGGGAGGAUCAUUUUCGAUACCAAAGAUGCUAGCUAAAUUUUGCCGACGAUCGCUGCUGGGCGCAUUUUCUUUG